AUGCCCCGACGUUGUCAGAAAUUGGCUCUAACGUCAAACUACUCUGCCAAUCCAGUAUGUGGAUAUUCCCUGACGGGGGCCCGCGGAGGCUUGCGCGGCGCGGGCCUCAGUGGUUGCCGCGACGCGGUGACGGACGGACGUGUCUGCGCGCCGCCCCGCCCCAGUCCUCGGAAGCUGAGGGACUCCGCGAGUGCCAUGCCCCAUACGCGCAGCAUGCGUCGGUGGAGGCCCCGCCCCGCCGCGCCCCCCUCUAGGUGCACG